UAAUAUUUUUGGGAAAAAAUGUUUUUUUCAGUGACUUAUGUAACACAACACUGACUGACUGUCUGACUGUGUGUUUGAGACUAUUAUUAUAACAUUAAAAUUGUUGUCCAAAUAGUUUAGCCGACAAUUAGGUCACCAAAUCAUUUUGACACGUGUUUAACAUAUCAAUUGGUUGGCCAUUAUUUUGGUGGACGACAUCCUCUCCCCGCCGACGACAAUCACCAACCGAUCCAUAGGAAGAUAACCUGAAGAUCACUUGAAUACCAACGACAACAAUGUCAUCGCUGCUGAAGACAACCUGGGAUUUCUUUAAACGUCACCGAAAUAAGGCACUGUUAGGUACGGCCACUGCCGCCGGUGUCUACGCACUCAACCGAUACUUGCACUCAGUGGCCGACGAAUGGCAACAAUCGUCGUCCCGUGACUUUGUAUCCGAAGUCAAGAAAAAAGAGAUUCACUUCGAGAAUACCAUCGAUACUUGUAAUCAGACAUCGAUGUCGUUAUCGGUGAAAAUUGUCGACAUAUUAGAUCAGACAUUAGAUGCCGAACCGAUACUCGAACAAAUCAAAUUGGCCGCUGCGGGUGCGGCCACCAGUGACCAUCAUAACAGCAGCAACAGCAACGGCAGCAACAACAAGAUUGAACUGUGGAACCGAUUGAAGAUCCAGAUAUUCACACGAGUUAUUGCCGAAGUCUAUUGUGUAACACUGUUUGUUACCUAUCUUCGUGUCCAGUUAUCCGUAUUGGCCGGUUAUAUCUAUAUGGACAGUAGUUCCGGCCAACUAAACACCGGUAGCGGUUCGGCUAAUGCUACUAAUCUGAUGCAACAAAUGCAAACCACUUCAUCUAAUGUCCAAAAUAAAUAUCUAUCACUUCUCCAUACAUUCUACUCGACUGGUAUUCAACAGAUUAUCGAACCGAUUAUGGCUGCCGUCGAGGACUCACUCAAAGACAUCAGUCUAAAGGAUCAGAUUGUUAUGAAUGACUUGAAGAUUGUUUUCGAUAAAGUAAAGUCGUCGAUGGCGUUCACAUUGAAUGGUUGCCAAUCAAAUGCCAGCCGUUUUCUAAUAAAUCCAAACAAACUGUUUAUAUCGUCGGAAACCAAUGGCCUGAACAAUGGUCUUACCGGCGAUAAAGACGGCCAACUAUUGCAACGUAUGAUCAAUGAAACGCAAGACAUACUCGAAAGCGACGAUUUUAAACGUGUAGUCGAUUCGGGUAUUGAUUUAGGUUUCGCUGUCCUAAUGGAUGUCAUAUUAGGCUGUUUUGUACGGUUUUCCGAUGAAAAAACUGGUCAAACAGUGUCCUCGUCGUCGUUGUCUUCAUCGGACAAUGGCUUUGCAAAUCCGCACUCAAUCCGUAUGCCAUUAGUUAAACUGUUGCCUAAAGUAUGGCUAUCACUACGCGAUCGGCGACGACCUGAAGAAAAGUUGGUUUUAGUCCGACAUCUCAUCUGUUUAGACGUAUUGAACUGUUUUGCCGCCAAUAUAUACGAAGCAUUUUGUCAAACAAAUUGAUUGAUUUUGAUUUAUUUUUUUUGUGGACAAAAAAAAUAAUCGUUUUAUAUGAAGAUUUUUUAUUUUUAAUUAAAUAACAUUAUUAAUUGAUUGAUUUUUAUGGUAAUUA